CACAGUGGGAAAUGAAGACAGGAGUUUUACUGCAGAAUUUUUCAUAAACCCAAUGGAUAAACACAACUUCACAAUGGUAACUGAAUUCAUCCUGGUGGGCAUCACUGACCGCCCAGAGCUGCAGGCCCCAUUGUUCGGACUGUUCCUCAUCAUCUAUCUGAUCACACUGGUGGGCAAUUUGGGCAUGAUCAUCCUUACCAUGGUGGACUCUAGGCUACAAACACCCAUGUACUUCUUUCUCAGACAUCUCGCUACUACUGACCUUGGUUAUUCAACAGCUGUGGGACCAAAAAUGUUAAGAAAUUUUCUUGUAGAACAAAAUACAAUAUCAUUUUAUUUCUGUGCUGUCCAAUUGUCUUUCUUCAGUAUGUUCAUUGUUAGUGAAUUUUUUAUUCUCUCUGCAAUGUCUUAUGAUCGUUAUGUCGCCAUCUGUAAACCACUCCUCUAUAAUGUCAUUAUGUCACAAAGAGUAUGUUGGGUCCUGGUGGCAAUCCCAUAUGUUUACAGUAUAUUUGUUGCUCUCAUAGUCACCAUAAAUAUUUUUUCUUCUUCCUUCUGUGGACACAAUAUUAUCAGUCAUUUCUACUGUGAUGGUCUCCCCUUGAUAUCUCUUCUCUGCUCAAAUAAAAAGGAAAGUGAAAUGAUAAUUUUAAUUUUAUCAACAAUUAACUUGAUUUCCUCACCAGUGGUAAUUCUUGUCUCCUAUCUGCUCAUUCUCAGAGCUAUUCUCAGGAUGAAUUCUGCUGAAGGAAGGCAGAAGGCUUUCUCUACUUGUGGGUCCCAUCUUACAGUGGUCACUGUCUUCUAUGGGACUUUGAUAUUUAUGUAUGUGCAACCUAAGUCCAGUCACUCCUUAAACACUGACAAGGUGGCUUCCAUCUUUUAUACCUUAAUAAUCCCCAUGUUAAAUCCGUUGAUCUACAGCUUGAGGAAUAAAGAUGUACAAUAUGCUCUUAGAAAGACAGGGAAAACCAUACAAAAUAUCUUCACCUAG